AGCUUAGACGGUACGGUGGCCCCGUCGGGACAUUUGGCUUGGUUGGUGAGCGCGCAUGUCACUCCCCGAAGCUGCGUUCCACCCAGCAGCACCGGUCCGGACACCACGGGACUGAGCGAAGAAGCCCGAUGGGAGUGCUUUGUACGUGGGCCUGGAUAUUGCAGGUCACAUGAGCUGGACAUCUGAUAAACAUGGCAAAUCCCUUAUCCUUAAUAAACUGUUAAACGUUUGACGCCGUUGCCAGCCCAUAAUCUCCCCAACGGAGACCAGAGGAGCCAACUGUUUGCUUGAAAGCCACCCCUCCAGCCGCAGCCAUGUAUGGAAGUUCUCGUUCCGUCGGGAAGGUGGAGUCCACCAGCCAGAGUCCUGGCCGCUCCCCGCGACUUCCGCGUUCUCCACGGUUAGGCCACCGCCGCACAAACAGUAGUGGAGGGAGCUCUGGAGGGACCCCAGGCGGUGGAAGUGGAAAGACCCUGUCAAUGGAAAAUAUCCAGUCUCUUAAUGCUGCUUAUGCCACAGCCAGCCCGAUGUAUCUCAGUGACCAUGAAAAUGUAGGAGGCGACACACCCAAAAGCACCAUGACUUUGGGGAGGUCUGGGGGGAGGCUUCCCUAUGGCGUAAGAAUGACUGCAAUGGGAAGCAGUCCCAACAUUACCACUAGUGGGGUGGCCAGCGACACCAUUGCCUUCGGGGACCAUCACUUACCUCCGGCCAGCAUGGCGUCCACUGUGCCCCAUUCACUACGCCAGGCCCGAGACAACACUAUCAUGGACCUUCAGGCCCAACUCAAGGAAGUCCUGAGGGAAAACGACCUUCUACGCAAAGACGUCGAGGUAAAAGAGAGCAAGCUCAGCUCCUCCAUGAACAGCAUCAAGACCUUCUGGAGCCCCGAACUGAAGAAGGAACGAGCCUUGCGUAAAGACGAGGUGUCCAAGAUCACCGUGUGGAAGGAGCAGUACAGGGUUGUCCAAGAGGAGAAUCAGCACCUACAAAUGAGCAUUCAGGCAAUGCAGGACGAGCUGAGGAUCCAGAGAGACCUGAAUCAGCUGUUCCAGCAAGACAACGUUGGCCACCUCAAUGAACCCUUUACCGGCGAGCUGACAGAGGACAACUUUCGACUGCUGCACGCCGAGCAUGACCGCAAAGCCAAGGAGCUUUUCCUGCUUCACAAAACACUCGAAGAGAUGGAGCUGCGCAUUGACACGCAAAAACAGACCCUCAACGCCAGGGAUGAGUCCAUCAAAAAGCUGCUGGAGAUGUUGCAGAGCAAAGGCAUCCCCAAUAAGGUCAUGGAGGAAGACCAUGAGCGAACUCGAAGGUUGGCUGAAGCCGAAAUGCACAUGCACCACCUUGAGAGCCUGCUGGAGCAGAAGGAGAAGGAGAACAACAUCUUCAGAGAGGAAUUUCACAGACGCUUCGAGAAUGCCCCAGAUUCAGCUAAGACCAAGGCACUUCAGACGGUAAUCGAAAUGAAGGACUCUAAGAUCACCUCUAUGGAGCGGGGUCUCCGGGACCUGGAGGAUGAGAUUCAGAUGCUGAAAUCCAACGGGGCCCUGAGUACGGAGGAACGGGAAGAAGAAAUGAAGCAGAUGGAGGUUUAUCGCAGCCACUCCAAGUUUAUGAAGAACAAGGUAGAGCAAUUGAAAGAGGAGCUGAGCGCUAAGGAGAAUCAGGCGGAGGAGCUGAGGAAGAGAGCGUCAGCUCUGCAGACCGAGCUGUCAAGCAUCGGGCAGGUGAAGCAGGAGCUCUCCCGUAAGGACACGGACCUGCUGGCCCUGCAGACCAAACUGGAGACCCUCACCAACCAGUUCUCUGACAGCAAGCAGCACGUGGAGGUCCUAAAGGAAUCCCUCACCGCCAAGGAGCAGCGAGCUGCCAUACUGCAGACAGAGGUGGACGCUCUGCGCUUGCGUCUCGAGGAGAAGGAGUCGAUGCUGAACAAGAAGACAAAGCAGAUUCAGGAAAUGUCAGAGGAGAAGGGGACCCUCUCUGGGGAGAUCCAUGAUCUCAAGGACAUGCUGGAUGUAAAAGAGCGCAAAGUCAAUGUGCUGCAAAAAAAGAUAGAAAACCUGCAGGAGCAGCUGCGAGACAAGGAGAAGCAGCUGGGCAGCCUGAAGGACCGGGUAAAGUCCUUGCAGGCCGACACCACAAACACAGACACCGCCCUCACCACACUGGAGGAGGCGCUUGCUGAAAAAGAGAGAAUCAUUGAGCGCCUGAAAGAUCAAAGGGACCGGGAUGAGCGUGAGAAGCUGGAAGAACUCGAGUCCUACAAGAAAGAGCUCAAGGAACUCAGGGAGAAAGUCAUGGUUUUGCAGGGAGACCUGUCCGAGAAAGAGUCCUCGCUGCUCGAUCUGAAGGAACACGCGUCGACUCUCGCCUCCUCCGGCCUGAAGAAAGACUCCCGACUCAAAACCCUAGAGAUGGCCCUGGAGCAGAGGAAGGAGGAGUUUCUGAAGCUGGAGAGUCAGCUUAGGAAGCACUCUGAUGGCUUGCCUCUCACAGGGAAAGCAGCCCAUGAGGCUGCUCUGGAGGCAAAAUCCAGCCCGGAAAUGAACGAGCGCUUGCAGCAGCUGGACAGGGAAGUGGCGAGGUACCGGGAAGAUGCGGGGAAAUCUCAGGCCGAGGUGGAUCGGUUACUGGACAUCCUGAAAGAAAUGGAGAACGAGAAAAAUGAGAAGGAUACCAAGAUCGCAGAGCUAGAGAGCAUCACAUCCAGACAAAUCAAAGAUCAGAAUAAGAAAGUGGCGACAUUAAAGCACAAGGAACAGGUGGAGAAGAAGAAGAACGCGCAGCUCUUGGACGAAGCCAGGAGGAGAGAAGACAAUCUGACGGACAGCUCUCAGCAGCUUCAGGACCUCAUGCACCAGAAAGAUGACCGCAUUGAGGAGCUGGAGGAGGCGUUGCGGGAAAGCGUCCAGAUCACGGCAGAGCGAGAAAUGGUGCUGGCACAGGAGGAAUCGGCAAGGAACAAUUACCAAAAACAGGUGGAGGAACUGGUGUCGGCAAUGGAGAAGGUAAAGCAGGAGUUGGAGUCCAUGAAGGCAAAGCUGUCGUCCACCCAGCACUCCCUGGCAGAGAAAGAAAUCCAUCUGACCAACUUGCGUGCCGAGAGGCGCAAACACCUGGAGGAGGUGCUGGAAAUGAAGCAGGAAGCCCUCUUGGCAGCCAUCAGCGAGAAGGAUGCUAACAUUGCCCUGCUGGAGUUGUCCUCAUCCAAGAAGAAGAAGACCCAGGACGAGGUGGCUUCUUUGAAGAGGGAGAAGGACAGGCUGGUGCAGCAGCUGAAACAGCAGACACAGAACAGGAUGAAGCUGAUGGCUGAUAACUACGAAGGAGACCACAUGAAAUCCUCUGGCCACUCCAACCAAACCAAUCACAAGCCCUCCCCAGAUCAGAUGAUCCAACCCCUCAUAGACCUCGACCAGAACCGCAGCAAACUCAAACUGUACAUCGGCCACCUGACUGCUCUGUGCCAGGACAGAGAUCCCCAGAUUCUCCAGGAGCUCCACCCACCUGCGGCCUACUACCUUGAUGACAACCAGGCAGCUUGGGAGCAGAGGCUGCAGAAGAUGACACCAGAUGAGCUGACCAAAGAGUUGGAAAAGUGCGAACUCGAGAGUGCCGAACUUCAGGAGUUCGCCAAUGUCAUCCUGCAGCAAAUCGCAGAUCACUGCCCUGACAUAUUGGAGCAAGUUGUCAACGCCUUAGAAGAGUCCUCCUGACCUCCCCCCAAACACAGUAACCAGAGACCCAGCCUUCUGGAUGGACGUGGCGUUCGCUGACCUAUCCCUUCACCCACUGGCAUUGCACCUUGGGAUUGGGAACUGCACUUUUAGCCUUGCACUGCCUGUCCGCUCACUACACAGUUUGACCGUUUCCAAAGAACGCGGAAGAGGGGGCUGUUACUUUCUCGCAAAAGCUCUCUGGGUUUGCCUCCAGGACCAAACCAUUUCCAUAGCUGUCGGGGGAGGAACGUAUCCCAGCACCAUUUAUUUGUCACCAUCCAUCUUUAAGUUUUAAUCAAUCAGCAGAGACUAAAUGCAAUAAUAAGGGUGUUCAUGGUGGACAUAUGUCAGAGGGUUGGAGAACCUCACCAUAAAUGUCUCCAGAAAGCCUAGUCAGGCCAACACUUAAUGUAUUCUACACUACUGCAAAGACGUAGCCCCACUGCCUAAUGGCUUAACUUAUAGGCCAGAGGUCCGUUACUAUCAAAUACACUAUCUACUCUUCUUGCUUCCAUCCCACUGUAUCUGGGUGUUCUAUGUCUAACCGUGCUGCCAUGUUUCCCAGGAUUUGGGGGAACAGUCAUUUUCAGCACUCACUCGGUCCUUCCUACCAGGAUAAUCACCCCACCAGUGAGUCAAACAUGGCCAUCUUGCUCAUGGUAUAUGGCAAGGCUGGCAAAUUAAAUGCCCAGAUCCAUCUUGCUGGCAAAAAAAAUCUGUUGCAGAACAACUGGAGGUGGUGAAAUGAAUACCGCUAGGGGCUGCAUAAUUGGAGCGGUCAGCCAGGUUAUACCAAGGACUUAGGGUGGGCAUUGAGAAGUCUCAGCACGUGGUCAGUGAGGCCAGGUUAUUUGACAAGACUUGCCUUUAGCUCCAGGGUUUGGCAGAAAUCCCCAAUUAGGCAGGAUUAGAGGAAUGUCUGUAUAAGAAGCCAGCUCUCGCUUGGAUUCCAUGGAUAGUGGGUUCACUGGGGUUAAAACCCUACCUUGUGUUCUCACCAGCAAGAUGUACAACCCUCCUGCCUUUGUCUCAAACCAUUUAUUUCCAUACAUGUCUUAUGGUUACCCCAUAGUUUGCUGUAAGAGGACACCCUACCUCUGAUAAUCUCAGGAACCCAAUUAAAAUCCCAUAAAAAGAUUGCAGAGGUUUAGGAAGUGGGUAGAUGACAAAGUCCCCCUAAAAGAGUGCUGGAAACCCCCAAAGCAAGGUAUAGGCUUUACAUUAUUGGAUUGUGAUUGGACUAGGGCCCCCUGUGGCUUAUCCAGCGCAUUAAGAAUAUUCGUCACACUAACUGUUGCACCAGCACAAGUCAAACCGGUCAGUGCUUAUUUUUGCCUUUGUGACCUGGCAGUAGUAGGUUUAUUAUCACAAUAAGAAGAUCCUCCUAGACAGGCAAGCCCCCUU